CAGCAUUUCAAAUGCAAAAAGCUUGUAAACGCGUCUAAACACGGCAAAUCGUGUUUAUAAGCGUUUGCAUCUGAAAAUGUUUUUAUGGACAAAACACUGAACACAGAAUGUUCCUACCAAGGUUGUCACACAUUGUAAUGACCAAUUCACACCUUAGACCUCUCACAACCCUUGGAAACAAAAGAUAUGUUAAUGACCAUUCACACCUCAAAUUCUUCAUGAAGACCCCCUGCCAGGUGACCUUAAUGACUCACUCCACCAGACACCUUUCCCACCCUUGGAAACAAAAG